UCAUGACGAAGUCAGUGAGUGUACUUCCUGGUUACGUCGCGAAUGGUACGCGACAAGUUGUUUAUAGAAAAAGCACGAAUUUAUUGAAUACUUUCGUCUAGGAAUGAUACGUUUUGUACUGCGAAAAAACUGGAUUAUCCCGAUUCGUUUAGCGCUCACCAUUUUGGACUUCCCGUAUACAGUCAGCACUUACGGACUCAGGGCUGUCAUCCCCUGCUCAGUUGGCCAUCCUUUCAGAGUCAAUCAAUCAAUCGCUCUCAUCAGUUCAAGUUGUUCCAACUGCUCCAAGAGUGUCUGCACAAUGAGAGCUUCAGCACACAUAAAGUCCAGAUGCCCCGAGUACCCAGCCUCCCAAAUCAAGCGCUUCCCAGUGAGUGAUUCCCAGGUGGACUGGAGUCAGAACUUCCCAGGAUAUGAGCCAAUCAACUAUACUCAUCUUUCAGUGGUGAAAAAGCCAAUAUGGGCAGAUCCUGAAAUUGGUUUAUUCUCUCCACAGUUCAAUACUUUGGAUGGGUCCGUGGACAGAAGAAGCUUUGAGGGCUGCUACAAAGUGGAAGAUGGAAAGCCACUAAAUCCUCAUGGACGCACGGGGAUGAUCGGUAGAGGUUUGCUGGGGCGAUGGGGACCCAAUCAUGCUGCAGAUCCUAUUGUCACAAGAUGGAAAGUAGAUGCCAAAGGAGAAAGGAUUCUUCACCAUGUUUCCAAAAAGCCCAUCCUGCAAUUUGUAUCCAUCAAGAGAAAAGAUUGUGGGGAGUGGGCCAUUCCAGGCGGGAUGGUAGAUCCAGGGGAGCAGGUUUCUCUCACACUUCAGCGAGAGUUUUCUGAAGAGGCUUUGAAUUCGCUGGGAGUACCGCCAUUAGAAAAAUCAAAAAUUCAUGAGCGCAUCACCCAACUCUUCAAAUCAUCCGGUUAUGAGGUCGUUAAGGGAUAUGUAGAUGACCCUAGAAACACUGAUAAUGCUUGGAUGGAGACUGUUGCGGUCAACUUCCAUGAUGAAAAUGGCAACAGUGUGAGCGAGCUGCCGUUGCAAGCUGGCGAUGACGCAGGCCAAGUACAGUGGGUUGAUGUGGACACGUCCUUCCCACUCUACGCGAGCCAUUCUCAUUUACUGGAGCUUGUUGCCAAAGAGAGGAAAUCCCACUGGUAGUCAAUGUAGGAAACAUUUGUGCACUGACAUCUUGAAGUGUGUUUUCGAAAUGAAAGACAACUGUAUCGAUUUUCUUUUGGUAAGAAACAAAAUCAGAUUUGUCAGUGUCUCUCCUGUGUGUGUAUUACACGCACACUGUGCAGUAACAUCUGAUCCGGGGGAAGCUUAACAUGCGACAGGACAAGGAGAACAUUAUUUCUGUUGGAGAGAAAAUUAUGCUAAUAUAUUCAUUGUGUACGAGAAUCACAUUAACCCAAUGUGGUCAUGCGAGAACAACACAAUUAGCUUAAUUAAUUUAAAGAUGAUAAGAGUACAAUCACAAUGAACUUUCAUAGAUUGAUCUUUACAUGUGAAUAUAAAUGACUGAACACGUUUUUGUUUUUUCUCACGCAAUAAAUGACAAGGAUGUAUGUACAUUA